AUGAAGCAAGUAACUUGGCUUGAUAUGAAGGGAGUGUCUAUAUUUAAAGAUAGUUUUCUUAAGAAAAUUGGUGAGCUGAGUCAAUUGAAAACACUCGACAUAGCCAAUGCUGCUGGUGAUAGGAGCAGAUUUAGUAAGGGCAUAAAAUAUCUGGGAAACUUGAUGAAUUUAUCUGAGCUUUAUAUCAACUCAAAUGAAAUUGGUGACAAUGGCGCUGAAGAUAUUAGUGGAAUGAAACAAUUAACUAAACUUGACGUUUCUUCAAAUGAUAUUACUACUAAAGGAGCCAAGCACAUUAGUAAAUUGAACAAACUAGUAUCCCUAAAAAUGGAGGAAAAUAUGAUCGAUGCACAAGGAAUUAAAUAUAUUACCGAUCAAUUGAAUCAAUUAACAGAACUUGAUAUUGGUUCAAACGAUCUUGGUGUAUUGGGGGCAAAAGCAGUCAGUGAAUUGUCCCAAUUAACGUCACUGAGUAUUGAAAACAAUAAUCUGCUCAACGAAGGAGCUGCUUAUAUCAGUAGAUUACUGAAUUUGACUGAUCUUUGCAUUAAUUCUAAUCAAAUUGAUAGUGAAGGAGCCAAAGAUAUUAUCAAAUUGAAACAAUUAACAACACUAUUUAUAUCUGGCAACUCUCUUCUAGAUGAAGGAGCCAAGUUAAUUAGUGAGCUAAAUAACUUAACCGUACUUGAUAUUUCAGACAAUGAAUUAACUGAUGAAGGGGUAGAGCCAAUCAGUAAAUUGAAGCAAUUGAAGACACUUGAAAUUGACGAAAAUCAAAUUAGUGAUGAAGGAAUAGAGUCAAUUUGUGGACUCAAUCAAUUAACUGAGCUUAACAUUGAUUAUAAUCUCAUAUCUGCAGAAGGAUUAAGUUCUAUAAGCGGGAAUGAGAUUGGAGAUGAAGGUGCAGAGAUUAUUGGUGACUUGACAAAUUUGAAAGAGCUUACAGUAGACCAGAACUCAAGAUCCAAGUACCAUGAAAUCUUGAAAACAAAAUUACCAUUAUUAACGAUCAAGAAAAUUUAA